UAGGGAGUUCCGCGUUUGAGUAUAUCUGCAGUCGUGCACUAAACUGCAUUGAAUUUUUAAACAGCAAGACGUACGUAUAUUUUGUAUUCAUCUAUAUUAAAUCAGAGGGAAUCAGAGACCAAACUCAGUGUGACUGGACAUCUAGUUUGGCUGCAUCACUGAUGAUGGACGCCACUUCAGCAGUUCUUCAUCCUUACUGGCCGCGGGACCUCCUGAUUCCCACCUACGUGGCCAAUGAUCGGUCCAUGUCAGAGAUUCUGGCAUUUCUCUUUUCUGUGUCUGGAGUGUUUCUGCUGGUGACCUGGCUGAUCACUGGCCGGAAGGGUACGACAGGCAGGCUGGGGACGUGGAGGCGUCUGGCCGUGUGCUGGUUUGCCGUUUGUGGGUUCAUCCAUGGCGUCAUCGAGGGCUGGUUCUCACUGUAUUAUGAUAUUAUUCCAGGAGACCAGAGCUUCCUGUCACAGCUGUGGAAGGAGUACUCUAAAGGAGACAGUCGAUAUGUAAUAGCUGAUAACUUCACCGUUUGUAUGGAGACCGUGACUGCUUGGUUUUGGGGGCCUUUCAGCUUUUGGGCUGUAUAUGCCUUUUUAACCAACAGGCCCUACAGAUUUGUACUGCAACUCAUCAUUUCAUUAGGUCAGCUGUACGGAGCCGUGCUUUACUUCUUCACAGAGCACAGAGACGGCUACGCUCACAGCGAGCUGGGACAUCCAGUCUACUUCUGGUUCUACUUUGUGUUCUUGAACACGCUGUGGAUCGUCAUACCGUUUGCGCUCAUCGUGGAUGCAUGGAGACAGCUGUCAGCAGCCCAGACACACACAGACAACACAAAGUCGCAGAAGAGCAAGAGGAAAUGAGCUGCAACAGGGAGAACAGACUGUGAGACUGAAGGACACUGAGUACAGGGGAGCACAACACACUUUCUAUGUUUUUUAUAGAAAGAUACAGCAAAAAUUGUGCCUGUUGCAUUAUGUCCCCUAUGAAUUUCAAUAUCAAAUAACUGCCAAUUAGCUCAGAAUUUCAUUGUUAUUGGAGCUUUCUUCUGCCUUGCAUUUUGUUGUUGAGCAAAAUAAAUCAUGUUUUAUCAAUA